CUUCCUGGCCUUUCUUAUUUCUAGUGCUUUCGCUGCCUGUGGCGAUGCUGGUGGCUGUACGUGUGAUAAAAACGAUAAAAUUGGCGGACUCAAAUGUGGUUAUGAACUUAAUAAUCAUUGUCCUUCUGAUCCCAGCUCCAUUUUUCAAUGUAGUCCAGGUGGUAGUAACAUUUGUCGAUAUGGCCCUUGCACUUACGGAUGUUGUGCAGUCGGUAAAGGAAAAAGCUAUUGCUGCAAGGACAAUAAAUGUUCAGGAUGUACUUCUGACAAAUGGAUUAAGAAAGGCUCUAAUUCACCUAAUCCUCCCCUACCACCGUCUAAUCCACCACCAUCUAAUCCAUCACCGUCUAAUACACCACCAUCUAAUUCACCACCUUCUAAACCUUCCAGUUAUGAUAGACAAAAAGCCGUCGAUUAUGCUGGAAAAUAUUGUAAAAGCGUAAAUAAGAAGUUCUCAGAUUACACGAAUUACCAGAAUCACAGCGUAGAUUGUACUAAUUACGCUUCGCAAGUUUUAAAUGCAGGUGGCAUUCCUACAGAUAAAGAAUGGAAUUGGAAACCAGGGCAUCAAGACACACCUGCAUGGGUUAAUGUGGAGAAGUUUCAUGAUUAUCUCAUUAACCACAAAUUGGCAAAAGAGUGCCAAUUGUCUAAUUUGAAACCAGGCGACUUUAUACAAUAUAUUGUCCUGACCCUAAAAG